AUGACCUAUGAACAUACACCUGCCGAGGGACCACCUGUGGCCGCCCUGAUGGAUUUCGUCUGUGAUAAAAUCCUUGGUAAGGAAUUCAAUGAUGAUUCAAGCGUACCUGAAGGUAGAGUGAAACGACUGGAUUUCGAACUGAACGAUGCUCAAAUAGAUCAAAUUAGGAAAAGCUGUAAGAAAAUGGAUAAAGCAGUUGAUGACCUUGACGUGGCGGUGCACUCAUUUAAGCGGUACGGUAAGAAUUAUCCGAAAUCGGUGAAUAUCUCUCCGGACUCAUUCAUCCAAAUGGCUUUCCAACUGGCAUUUUUCAGGAUUCAUUCAGCAUUGCCUCCCACAUACGAAACGGCAACGUUGCGAAAAUUUGAAGAGGGACGGACAGAAAACAUCCGAUCGCCAAAUGCCUUAGCGGAGGCUUUUGUCAGAAAGAUGGCCUCGGGACGGGAACCGGUAGAUGUUGUCUAUGAUGCACUGAAGGCUGCGGCAGACUCACACAAGAAGUACACAGUGGGUGAUUUACAGUAUGAGCUGCAUGAAUGGAGCGGGAAUGGAUCGGCAUCUUCUGGCCUGGAAACUACUAGCUGCAGAAAAAUGGCCUGCCAAUGCCAAGCAUUCUUAAUACACCUGCCUACGAACAUAUGUGCCACUUUCAAGUUUCUACUAGCCAGGUCCCCACGAAAAACUACAUCCAAUUGUGCUUUGGUCCAUCGGCGCCUGACUGCUACGGAAUCUGCUAUAAUCCACAGGAAACUGAAAUACAUUUCACCGUCACAAGUUUCAGAAGCUUUUUCUCGACAAGCUCCAAACGAUUCGCUAAAGAACUGGAUCGAGCAUUCAACGACAUGA